CAAAUUGUCCGGAUAACAUCCCAUUUUGCAUAAUGGCCACAGCGACCGCAACAUUGGGUCGUUUGGCGUGCCAGAAGAACUCAUUCCUUCAAGAACUGUCCGCCAAAGUCGUAUCAUGUGUGAAAGCGGCCAGCACCAACGAAUAUGACAUUGUCUUUGACGACAGCGUUUUGUUCCCCGAAGGCGGGGGGCAGCCUGGAGACGUCGGCACCUUGCAUCGUUCGACCGACGACCAAGCGAUUCCUGUCACGAAGACCUUUACGCACGAAGGAAACUGCGUGCUUCGCACUGACCGAGAGCUUCAAGUUGGCGAUGAAUUGCUCAUGCGAGUGGAUUGGCCGCGCCGGUUGGACCACAUGCAACAGCAUUCCGCGCAGCACUUGAUCUCUGCCAUUGCGAAGCGAACUCUCGACCUCAACACGACCACGUGGUCUCUCGGACUCACACGGUGCAACGUCGAGUUCGACUCCCCCACUAUUACCCCACCGCAGCUUGGUGCGUUGGAAUCCGCGGUCAACGACGCCAUCGCUGCUGCCCGGCCCGUAACCGCACAUUACGCGGACGAAUCCUCCGACAUCCGAGAGGUCGUGAUCGACGGCCUUGACAACAAUCCAUGCUGUGGAACGCACGUUGAGCACACGGGUCAACUUCAGGCCGUCAAGUUUUUGCACUCUGAAGUGGCGCGGGGCGGCACUCGGCUUUGGUUUCUCGCCGGGCGUCGGGUGUUGUCUGAAUUCGGCCUCAUGUUUGACCGAGAACGGGCCGCAACCAAGCUAUGGAGCUGUCCACCUGACGAGCACAUCGAUCGCCUUGUGAAACUACUGCAACAGCAGUCUGUCGCCGCCAAGGAGAUCAAAGCGGCGCGGUUGGAACUGGCGGGGCUGGUCGCAUCGCAGCUGGCCUCGUCGAAUGGGUCGGCGGUGCUGCAUCGCGACGACGCCGACGCCGCCUUCCUCUCUGCCGUGUCCGCUGCCUUCCACGCCAUCGAGUCCAAUAAGGACAAGCUCCUCUUUGUCACAGGAGGCACGACAACCGACGGGUGCUUCCUCCUCACCGGGCCCCCCGCCAUCGUGACGACCCAUGGAAAGGCGGUGGCGACGCUGCUGGAGGGUAAGGGCGGCGGCCGUCCAGGGGUAUACCAAGGCAAGGGAAAGAACAUGGCAAAUGUACCCGCCGCGCAAGCGCUCGUUCUCGACCGAUCUUGAGACCUGUUAGAUGGUCUGAAACAACCAACCACGUUAAUAGUACGAUAUGUCGUGCUUUGUGUAGUGGA